CAGAAAGAAACUUUAGUGUGAAUUCCGUUCAAAUUUUACAGAGAUAAGAGGGGGACGAACGGGAAGAGAAGAAAACGAAACAACGCUCCCCCACCCCUCUGCCCCAUCAUUCUAGAAUUGCAGGACUCCAACUUCCAUGGCUUCCCUUCUCCGCCCCGCCUCGUCAUGCUCAUCCCACCACUCCUUUCGCCUCUCCUCCUCCCCGCUCCCUUCGACCACACCCUCCUUCCCUUCCAGGCGGAGCCAGGCACCUCCCGCCCCACUCACGUCCCCCGUCCCUCCUUCCAGGCGGCCCCGGGUCGCCGCCGCGCCCGCGGCAGCCUACGGAGGCGACCUGCUGAGGCCCGUCGACACGCAGACAUUCCUCAUCGCCGCCGCCGUCGUAUCCGCGGUCUCGCUCUCCCUGCUCCUCGGCCUCAAGGGGGACCCUGUGGCGUGCGACAGGUGCGCUGGAAAUGGAGGCACAAAGUGUGUCUUUUGCAGUGAUGGAAAAAUGAAGGCGGAAAACGGAGUAGUCGAAUGCCGGGGCUGAUCCUCUGCAAGAAGUGUGCAGGUUCUGGCUACUCUAGGCGCUUGUAGCCGCAGCCACGGAACAUCGUGUGCUUUUGUCAAGGGUGGGGGACAAGUUGCAAAGGUUACAUGUGAAACUGAGCGCUGUAUAGAUAAAUGGAGAAAUCUUUUGUCACCAAAUUGUUCAGAUAGAGAUGAAUGGAGAUGGUGUGUUAGAAUCUGCAGAGUUGUAUGGUACGUUUCUUCUUGUCCAUGGAAGUAUACCCAAGACUGACCAGUGGAGUAGGGAUCACUCCAUUCUUCCGGUGAACUUUCCUGCUAGUUAGAGAUGAGAUACAGCUUGCAGCUCUUAAAUUUUUCUAGUACAUGAAAGCGUCCCUUCUCGCCCA